GGUGCGCGGCGUCCUGCUAUGCGGGGACCGGGUAAAGCUUUAUGGAUUUGUUGCCGUCCCGUGCCGCUGCGCGCUGCUUAGGUUGCGGCGUCGAUAAGUAUGGGUCUAGCACUGUCCCGUAAUGGCUGCCAGAGUGCGCCACCAGUAGCAAAAAGGGCUCGGAUUUUGAUAAAAAACGAAACCGGGCAUAUAAUCAGCUAGCUGCCGGUAAGACACUAGGAAAUCUCCCAAGAUUGCUUCCAACUCCCAACUGCGGCGUUCCGGAGGAUUUGGGCGCGGCACAGCGCGCUUGCACCAGCGGCGAGGUCCGGCCGCGCGGACCCCCACGGGAACGGCUGCAACAGGUCGCUUGGGCAGCCUGUACAUACAUACAUAAAGCACAAGGCGGCUCCGCACGUGCUCGAUGCUCGCAACGCGCAUGCUCCACCUGCGCCACGCGGCGCGCCGCCUGGGAGCGGCGCGCUGGUUCGCGGCGGGCCGCCAGACGCUGGUGAUGCCCGCAUUAUCUCCGACGAUGGAGGCCGGCACGAUCGCGGCCUGGCACAAGGCCGAGGGCGACUACGUGGAAGAGGGCGACACGCUCGCCGACGUCGACACGGACAAGGCGAGCAUCUCGUGGGAGCACAUGGGCGAGGAGGGCUACGUCUCGAAGAUCCUCGUGCCGGCGGGCGGCGAGGCGCCGGUCGGGAAGCCCGUCGCGGUCUUGGUCGCGGAGGCGCCCGUCCACCUUCUUCGUCAAGGCCACCGGUCCGGUCCGCCGGUUCCGGCGUCGUCGCCAGGAGCCAAGACGUCAGGAGCGAAGACGUCGCCGGCGCUCGGUUGGUUCGACUCGAUCACGGUCCGCGACGGCCAGCGCGCCAUCGUCUGGAAGCCGGACGGCCGCGCCGAGGUCGUCGUCGGUCCGGCCAAGAAGCGGCUCCUGGGCGACCAGAUUGAGUUCAUGAGGGAGUACAUCGCCGACGCGAUUCGCUACCUCGUGAUCGUCGACAAGGAGGGCAACACGGAACACAUCCCCGGGCCGGCGAACGUCUGGUUCGACCCGACGAAGCAUCGGAGCAUCGCCGUCAAGCGCUGCAUUAUGUUGGACGCGAACGAGCACAUCGUGUCGUAUCUGCGGACGGAGAGUAAUAUAAAGAGGCGCGUCGUCACGGGCCCGACGGUGCACAUCCCCGCGUCGAACGAGUGGGUCCACGAGUUCAAGUGGAGCGCCACGUCGGCGCUCCACGGCGAGCGCGGCCGGUUCAACGUCCUCAAGACACUCCCGGACCAGGUGGAGGUGACCAUACCUCGACUGCGAUCCUUCGACAACGCGGAGGUCUCCAUGGACGUCAUGGUCUUCAUGCAGUUGGUUGACGUCGAGAAAUUACUGAAUAGCACGCACGAUCCUGUGACCGAUCUGAAGGUGUCCAUCACGGCGGAUCUCACGGAGUUCGUCUCGAAGUGCACGCUCGACCAGCUCAAGGAGCGGACCCACGAGUUGAAUGAUCUGAAGAUGUUCAAGCAGUCGACGCAACGCGCCGACCAGAUCGGCUACAAAGUAUCAAAAGUCACGUACCGGGGCUACGGCUUCAGCCGCGACAUCGACGCGAUGCUCAAGCAGAACCUCGUCGACGAGACGAAGCUGAAGAUUGAAAAGGAGACAGCCGUCAAAGAGCAGGACAUCGAGGACAUGAAAUCACUAAGGAGGGUCGACCGACACCUCAAGGAGAAGGAGGCCGAGGUGACGACCAAUAAAUUGGACCUCGACAUCGAGCGCACGCGCUCCGACGAGCGCCGCGCCUCGGCCAAGGCGACGACGGACGACGAGAUGUUUUACCUCGAGAAGCUGAAGGCCAUGGGCGUGGACCUCACGCAGUACCUCGUGGCGCAAAAACAAAAACCGGCGGACACGGAGGUGCGCAUCACGUCCGACGAGAAGGCCCCGGUCCUGCACAUGCACGUCGACGACCGGUCGAAGAAGUAGCUCUCAUCAUCCUCCCGUUUUCAUCCUCUUCUCUAUCGAAUA